UAAGAACCUUCUCAAAGUUAACCCUAAACCAAAAGAUCCAAUCUCUUCCCAUCAUUCAGUUUUCACUCUCAAUUAUAUCAUACUGUUGAGAUAAUGGACGUAAGAUCUUUGGGAGCAGAUGAAGCAUGGGAUUUGUUCUGCGAGAGAAUUGGGAAAGUUACCUUGGAGAGUCACCCGGACAUCCCUGUACUCGCAAGGUUACUCGUGGAGAGAUGCAGAGGCUCAUCGCUCGCACUUGGCGUCAUUGGUGUGACUAUGACAGGAAAGACUUUGGUGCAAGAAUGGCGGUAUGCAAUUGACGCUUUGACUUUAUCUGCGGCUAAGUUUUCAGGUAUGGAAGAUGAGAUCCUUCCGGUUUUGAAGUUUAGCUACGAUAGUUUGAAGGAUGAGAGAGUGAAACAGUGUUUUCAAUACUGUGCUUUAUUCCCAAAAGAUGACAUAAUAUCAAAACAAGAUUUGGUAGAGUAUUGGAUAGAUGAAGGAAUCAUUGAUGGGAAAGAAGAUAGAUAUAGAGCAGAGGAGGAGGGUUACGAGAUAAUUGGUUACCUUGUUCAUGCUUGUCUAUUGACUGAACAUAAAUUUCCGCAUAGCGUGACCAUGCCUACCUUGGUUCGUGACAUGGCCUUGUGGGUAGCAUCAAAUCUUGGGGAGGAGAAAGAAAACUUCAUUGUGAAAGCCAAAGCAAAACUUGAUGACCUUCCAAAUGUCAAGGAUUGGACAGGUGUGACUAGGAUGUCAUUGUCGGGUAAUCGCAUCAAGAACAUAAGUUGUAGUCCAGAUUGUCCCAAGCUGACAACCCUGUUCCUCCAUUUCAAUGAUCUGGAUAAAAUCUCAAGUGGAUUCUUUAUGUUUAUGCCUAAUCUUAUGGUUUUGGAUCUAACGGGAAACAUUGGCCUUGACGAGUUGCCUGAAGAGAUUUCGAGACUGGUCUCUUUGCAGUAUCUCAACUUAUCACAUACAAAUAUAAAAGAACUGCCUCGGGGUUUAAAAGAGCUAAGGAAACUUGUACACCUGAACCUGGAGUUUACUGGAUGGCUUAAAGGAAUAGCGGGGAUAUCAAGUUUAUCAAAUCUGCAAGUUCUAAAACUGUAUGGUACUUGUUUCUAUUUAGAUAUCAAACUGGUGGAGGAGUUACAGCUCCUGAAGCAUUUAAAAGUUUUGACCGUCUCUGUGGGUGAUGCCUAUGUCUGGGAACGAUUCAUGAGCAUUACCAGAUUGGCAAGUUGCACUCGCGGUGUAACUCUUAGGCACUGUGAAGCAGGGGCAGAUGGGAUAUCUAUUGCCGCGACUUCAAGUAGGCUUAGCGUCCUCGAGAUAUAUGAGUCGAACAUAAGGGAAAUAAAGAUUGCUAAGAAUGUUGAUGAUGAAAGCAAGAAUAGUCCAAGAAGUACACUGAGUAAUACCUGGAACUUCCAGCACCUUGUCAAUGUGGAAAUAUGCAAAUGCCAGGGUCUGCGGGAGUUGACGUGGUUGCUCUUUGCUCCGAGUCUUGUUUGGCUAAAGGUUAAAGAGUCACCACAGAUAAAGGAAAUAAUAAGCAAAGACAAAGCUGCCAGCUUUAUGAAUGUUGAAGCAUAUGAAAUUAUUAUACCCUUUCUGAGGUUGAGACACCUCGAGUUAGAAAACCUGGAAGAACUGGAUAGCAUCUAUUGGAGUCCUUUGUCUUUUCCUCUUCUAAUGAAAAUCGAUGUAUUUGGCUGUCCGAAACUCUGGAAACUUCCUCUCAGUUCUUGCAGUGCCAGCGGCAGUAACCUUGUCAUUUAUGGAGAGGAAGAGUGGAUCCAGAAUAUUCAAUGGGACGAGGAAGAUACUAAGGAGCGGUUCACCCUGAAAAUUAUAAAGAGCAAAGUACCUGCGGAGCAUUCACAUAACCAGUCGGAGUUAGAGUUGAGGAAGAGAGUAGCGUAUCUUGAGGAAGAGAAUCUAACCAUCAAACUACGGCUGGAGAAGAUAGAGAUGUUGUUAUGGGAGCAACGGGGAGAGCAGCAGCAGUAUAUGCCUCCACAAGGCCUGAAUAUGCAGACAGUGGUGCAUCAGCAACAGACGGGAUCUCAAAGUCAUGUUCCGGGAAUGCAGCUAUUAUUACAACAACAACAACAACCUAAUCUGAUACAAGAUGAUGUGCAAAAUAGGCUUCAAGAAUAUUCAGGCAUGCUUCUACCUCAAAAUGUAAUUCACGAACAGAGGCAUUCCAAAAGAACACAUCCAGAGAUGCCAUCAACAUCACGGGAUUCUAGUGGAACUGUGAAUGGAGAUGAUUGGCAAGAGAAGGUUUUCCAGAAGAUCACAUCCAUGAAAGAAGUAUACUUACCAGAUAUGACUGAAAUUAACCAUAGAGUUUCAGCCAAGUUGCAGAACGGAUUUCUUCCCCAUCAAGAAAGAUCAGAUGAGUUUGAGAAGUUGAAACUCUUCAAGACAAUGAUAGAGAGAAUGAUACGAUUCCUAACUGUUCCAAAGAGUGAUAUCAUGCCUGCAUUAAAGGAUAAGGUGGAUUACUAUGAGAAGCAGCUUAUAAAUUUCUUAAAUAUGCACAGGCCAAGGGUGGCGGCGGCAUUACAGCAAGGGCAGCUUCUUGCGCAAACUCAGACAAAUGCAAGAUUAAACAAAAAACCAAAAAAAAAAAACUCAAAUAAUGUAGAGAAAUAAGAGAAAUGGUCAUUCUUUGUGUUCCCUUGUGAUAUGCUUUCUUCUAUAAUCUUUGGAUAAUAGUGUGUCCUCCUCCGGAACAGUAGUUGUGUAACAUAAGGAUUUUUAUGGAUUCAAUUUGGAGUCUUCCUGA